CGCCUGCGCGGCCGCAGAAGCUCCGCUGCCCCUCUCGCGGCUUCUGCUGCUGCUGCCGCUGCUGGUGCUGCUGCGCUGACGGCGGUCGCCCGCGCUUCAGAGUCACUGAUUUGCCCUUGAGACAACUGUGCUCUCAUCUGUACUCAUGGAUGAACUUCAGGAUGUUCAGCUCACAGAGAUCAAACCACUUCUAAAUGAUAAGAAUGGUACACGAAACUUCCAGGACUUUGACUGUCAGGAACAUGAUAUAGAAACAACUCAUGGUGUGGUCCAUGUCACUAUAAGAGGCUUACCGAAGGGAAACAGACCAGUUAUCCUCACGUAUCAUGACAUUGGACUCAACCAUAAAUCCUGUUUCAACACGUUCUUCAACUUUGAGGAUAUGCAAGAGAUCACUCAGCACUUUGCUGUGUGUCACGUGGAUGCCCCAGGCCAGCAGGAAGGGGCGCCUUCUUUCCCGACAGGGUACCAGUACCCUACAAUGGAUGAGCUGGCUGAAAUGCUGCCUCCUGUUCUUACCCACUUAAGUCUGAAGAGCAUCAUUGGGAUUGGAGUUGGAGCUGGAGCUUACAUCCUCAGCAGAUUUGCACUCAAUCAUCCAGAGCUUGUGGAAGGCCUUGUGCUCAUUAACAUUGACCCUUGCGCCAAAGGUUGGAUUGACUGGGCAGCUUCCAAACUCUCUGGCUUGACAACCAACGUUGUAGACAUUAUUUUGGCUCAUCAUUUUGGGCAGGAAGAACUGCAGGCCAACCUGGACCUGAUUCAAACCUACAGACUGCAUAUUGCCCAGGAUAUCAACCAAGAAAACCUACAGCUCUUCCUGGGUUCCUAUAAUGGACGCAGAGACCUGGAAAUUGAAAGACCCAUCCUAGGCCAAAAUGAUAACAAAUUAAAAACAUUAAAGUGUUCUACUUUACUGGUGGUGGGGGACAAUUCACCUGCUGUUGAGGCUGUGGUUGAAUGUAAUUCUCGCCUCAACCCUAUAAAUACAACUUUGCUAAAGAUGGCAGACUGUGGGGGCCUGCCCCAAGUAGUUCAGCCUGGGAAGCUCACCGAGGCCUUCAAGUACUUUUUGCAGGGAAUGGGCUACAUCCCGUAUGUGCAGCUCAGUCACCUCAGCACCGAGUCAGUACCAUCUGCUGGCAUGACCCGGCUCGCCCGAUCACGAACCCACUCCACCUCGAGUAGCAUCGGCUCUGGAGAAAGUCCCUUCAGCCGGUCUGUCACCAGCAAUCAUUCAGAUGGAACUCAAGAGUCCUGUGAGUCCCCUGAUGCCCUGGACAGACAUCACACCAUGGAGGUGUCCUGCUAAGCAGAUGCUCCUCCCCGGACCAUGCAAGGCCAUCCUCCUCCAGCCCACCACCCGUACACAUUUCAUCCGUAGACGGGCCUUCACUGCCCUGACUCAUGCAUGGCCGCUGAACCUUUCUCUGGUAGCCUGGAUUUAUCAUUCUCUGCCCACCCACCCUUUUUUGUAUGUACCGAGACCCACAUCCAUGCUAUUACUGUAACAUUCCAACAUCUUUAAUUGACCUAAUUUCCAUAUCUUCUCUUGCCAGCUUUUUUCUGUGCUCCCUCAACUAUGUAUCUGAUUAAGACCCUUUGCUCCCCAACUCUGUGUGUGUGCGAGCACAUGUGUCCGUGUUUGUGUGUGCGUAGUUCUGUAAUUUUAGACAUGCUUUCUUGUAGUGCUUCUGCAAAAAAAAAAAAGGACAGAAAAGGGACUUUUUUUUGCACUCUCAAUGGUGUUUUUUAAGGGAAAGGUACAGAACAGAUAUCUAGGUGGGAUAGGCCACUCGAGUCUCUUCUGGUUCCAGGCUGGUCCACAAGAUUUGCAGAAUGAUUUCUAGAAAGAGCCACACUGAGGAAUGCGGAAAACUGUAAUUACUGUUUGGACUGCUGAUUGAGCUGGUGGUCAGUAGCAAAAGGGUCGGCUUUUACACAGGGAAGUGGGCAAGGGGGCCAGCUACCUCCUUUCCAAAUGGCUUCUCGUAGGCAGUCGUAUGAAUAAGAGGGGAGAAAUAUAGCCUGCUGGAAGCUCGUGAGCAGUGAGGUUCUGACACACGUAAAGUUUUCUCUGAAGGCGCUGCUCGAUUACUAGAAUCUCGUAGCACAGGAAGUAGAAAACAAAUGCCAGGCGUCCAUUUUGCAGAGCAAAAUGCUGUCACUACCAUCUGCCUGCUGCUUUCCAGACGUGCACAUGUCUGCCAGAGGAGCCUCUCAGGUGUGUGGUGGAGAGGGCUUCUCCAUCUCUCGGCCCCCAAAAGGGGAGCGGUAUGGCCUCAAAGCACGGCACUGGUGCGGAAAUGCUUGCGAGGAGAGGAGCAGCCAUUGACAGUGUCCUGUUGAGUAGCCGCAGCCGUGAUUUCAGCAGACUUAAUCGAAGCUAAAUUAAAUAGAUACAGAACCCAUUUCUGAGAAAGAGUCUUAAUUCUAUAAACUCUGGCUUGGAAGAAAGAAGGGGCCAAUUUGUAAAGACAGCCCUGUCCCAGGAAAAGUCUUUUCUGCACCCGUCUGCUGUAAGGGAGGGGGUCCCGGCCAGCCAGAGAGGACUACUGGGAGGAGAGGAAAGAGCCACGGAGAGCAGCUGCCACCCAGCAGGAGCCCAGCGACGGGAGCAUCUAGCUGUAAGCUCAGGGUUACACAGUUCCCAGUCUUGGGAGAAGACUUUUCACACACAUUGUUUUGCUUUGUGCUAAGAUAAGGAAUGCGUCACUCUGUUAGAGUAUGACUUUUUACAAAUUAUUAAAUAAAGCUGUAUAUGUCUCAUUGUUA